AUGCUCUGCAACAUCGAUUGCAGCUCGAUAGAAUCUCAGUUACACAAGUGUCAGUCCAUCAGAUCUGUCAACUAUGGCGAGAACAGUGUGUUGGGCAUGCGAAAGUUACGCCUCUGGCCUAGCUUCCUCAAGACAUUGGCAACGAACUAUAUCCCUGAGUGCAAGGACCUCAAGGCCCAAGUAAAGGAGGCCUGGGACCUCGUUGCCGCCGAAUUGGAGGCGCGACACGCCAAGAAUGAUGGAAAGGAGUACAAUGACGCUAUCUACUGGUUCGAAGAGCAUGCUGCUGGGAAGCCUUACAAUUUUGGGGCGUCGCAGCUAAUGUUGGCGGUCGUGUCCAUCGGCACGACGUCGGAUCUGAUCACACAGGCCAUGGUCGACAUUCUGCAGCACCCCGAGCUGAUUGGUCCUUUGAGAGAAGAAAUCGUCACAUGUCUUGAGAAAGAGGGGUGGAAGAAAACGGCGCUUUACAACAUGAAGCUUCUUGACAGUGUGCUCAACGAGAGCCAACGCCUCAAGCCCAACCAGAUUUUACCAAGAUUCCAAAAGGCUACUCUGUCGCAGUGUCAGGUGAAAAAUGAGAGAGACACAGCAUUCUACGAGAACCCCAACGAAUUUGACGGCUACCGCUUUCUACGUAUGCGGGAGAGCGGUAAGCCGGGGCAAGAGGCGGCUGCUCAGUUGGUGACUACGAGCGUCAACCAUCUUGGCUUCGGCCAUGGAGAGCACAGUUGUCCAGGACGCUUCUUCGCUGCCAGCGAGGCGAAGAUCAUCAUCGCUCACCUGCUCUUGAAGUAUGACUGGAACUACGACACUGCUUACGAGAUGAAGUUGCGGAAGUUCGGAUUUGCGGAGGAGGCCGACCCGGAUCUCAAAGUUUCUUGCAAGCGACGGGAGAUGGGAAUUCCAUUGUGAAUAUGUUGGAUGAAAAUUACAGGGCGUUUGGAAGGCUGAGAUGGGAGGUUGAAAUUGUACGUAAGCUUAGAGCUGAAUAAUCCCAGGAUCGGUAUACGCAGUGAAGCUGAAGUGCCUCAUAUACCCCUCCAAGUCAAUUCCUGUCACCAGCCAGCAGGCACCCGUCUAGGUCGACGGGCCAGGUCAAUCUGGCUGGAUGGUGGAGUGGUUAAUGGUCAACAAUUAACUCAUACGCCAACCAGCCUACUCGACGACAGGCUUAGCGAGUACCCG